UGAGCUUGGUGACUUUUGUCUGAAUUUGUUCAGUCGGUGAUCGACCAACCAUUCGUUCACAUUUAAAUUUGAAAAAAAAAAUAAACUAUAAAAUUUAUUUCAAAUAUUUUUACUUAUAAUUUUAAACUUUUGAUAAAAAAAUUAACAUCUUAAUAUUUGUCAAAAUAUACGUUAAAUAUUCAUUUUUUAAAAUUAGUAUUUUGUUAAUUUAAAGUGUUGAUAUUUAAUUGUAAAUAUAAUUAAGAAAAAUGACGGAAACGAAAAUAGAAGAAUUACCUGAUCGGAUAGCAGAUAUGUUUGAGGGUAAAAAAAUAUUGAUAACCGGUGGUACUGGAUUUCUUGGAAAAGUAUUGGUGGAAAAAUUUUUACGUUGUAUUCCAAAAAUUGAAAAAAUAUACUUAUUAGUAAGACCAAAAAAAGGAAAAGAUCCAAAACAUCGUCUUGAUGAAAUAUUUAAUUCAGCACUUUUCGAAAAAGUUAAAAAUCAACGUGGCUUAGAAACGAUGCAUAAAACUGUCGGCAUUGUCAAUGGCGAUGUUUCACUUCCUGGGCUUGGAAUUUCAAUCGAAGACAGAAAUAUGCUUUGUGAAAAAAUUAGUAUUGUUUAUCAUGCAGCAGCAACAGUAAGAUUUGAUGAAUUAUUAAAACGAGCUGUUUUACUAAACACACGUGGAACAAGAAACAUGCUAGAUCUUGCCAAAGAAAUGAAAAAUUUGGAGAUGUUUGCACACAUAAGUACUGCUUAUUGUCAUCUUGAAGAGAAAGUACUUGAAGAAAAGCCAUAUCCACCUCCAGCAGAUCCUCAUAAAAUAAUAAAAUGUGUUGAAUGGAUGGAUGAUGAUGUUGUUGAAGCAAUGACAGCAAAAAUACUUGGAAAUUUACCAAACACAUAUGCAUUUACAAAAGCACUAUCAGAAGGUCUUGUUGAAGAAUCAAUGACUGUUAUACCAUCAGUAAUACUUCGUCCAAGUAUUGUGAUACCAGUAUGGAAAGAACCAAUACCUGGCUGGACAGACAACAUGAAUGGACCAACUGGUUUAUUAAUUGGUGCUGGUAAAGGUGUCAUCAGAACAAUGCAUUGUGAUGAACGUGGAUAUGCUGAUUAUUUACCAGUUGAUAUUGCUGUUAAUGCUAUUCUUGGUGCAACAUGGAAUUUUAUUUAUUGCAAAGAUCAAAGUAGAAGAGUUUAUAAUCUUACAAGUAGUCGUGAAUUUAAGGUUACAUGGAGAGAAAUCAUUGAUCGUGGUCGUAAAGUUACUGAAAAAGUACCAUUAAAUGGAGUUGUUUGGUAUCCAGGUGGUAGCAUGAAACAAUCAAAAUUUGUUCAUAAUAUAUGUGUUUUAUUGUUUCACAUGAUACCAGCAUAUUUUAUUGAUACAAUGAUAUUUCUUGCUGGUCAUAAACCAAUAAUGUGUCGUGUUCAUCGAAGAAUUCAAAAAGGUUUUGAAGUAUUUGAAUAUUAUGCUAACAAUCAAUGGGAUUUUGAAAAUGAUAAUAUAACUGUUAUAAGAAAUAAAUUUAAUGAAAGAGAAAAAAUUAAUUAUCAAUUACACGGUGAUGAUUUGGAUCUUGAUGAUUAUUUUGAAGCAUGUAUUAGAGCAGCUCGUAUUUAUAUUUUAAAUGAACCACCAGAAACACUACCAGCAGCAAGACGACACAUGAGAGUCAUGUGGUGGGUUGAUGUUAUCACAAAAAUCAUGUUUUUUGUUCUUCUCAUUUAUACACUAUCAAGCUGGAGCGAAAGUUUUAGAGCUCUUUUAAUUGGUGGCUGGGUAUUAAUUGCAAAUGCCAUUGAUGUUUAAUCAUUUGUUGAUAAUUUAAAAAAAAAAAAAAAAAACACUUUCAAUUAUUA